AUUCAGAUUAGCGAUUUUCAAUUUGCUCUAAUGGGUUGUAUAUCCGGCUGAGCCACACACACACAUACACAUAUUUAUCACUAAGUCGUCGUCAUAAGCGUGAUAUAUACCGGAUAUAUAAGAUUUGGAUAUUUACGAAGAGGCGAGGGGUAUAAAUAAGCGACGGCCCGUUGAGGUAUUCAUGCACGCCACCUCCCGUGUCGCCUGGUUUUGGCGGCCGUCCUGUCAAUCGUUUAUUCGAAAAAUGCCGUGCCGGCCGAUUGUGCUCUCCGGACCAUCGGGUGGAGGAAAAAGUACGAUUUUGACGAGAGCCAUGCAGGAAUACCCAAAUAGCUUUGCUUUCAGCGUUUCUCACACAACGAGACAGCCAAGAGCCGGUGAGGAGCACGGAAAACACUAUUACUUCACGGAAAAGGAGAAGAUGCAGGAAAUGAUUAAAAAUAACGAGUUUCUGGAGUUCGCCACGUUUAGCGGAAAUACUUAUGGAACUAGCAAGAAAACCGUCCUAGAAAUCGAAAAUAGCGGAAAGAUCUGCGUUCUGGAUAUUGAGUUGCAAGGAGUUCGAAACAUCAAGAAUAGUCAUCUCGACGCCAGAUACAUUCUGAUCCGUGCCCCAUCCAUCAAGCUUCUCGAGGAAAGACUCAGAGCAAGAGGAACCGAAACCGAGGAGAGCCUCUCGAAGCGUCUUCAACAUGCAUCUGAGGAUUUAGUUGAAAUCGAAAAAAAUCCAACGCUCUUCGACAAAGUGAUUGUGAACGAUGAUUUGGAACGUGCCUAUAAGGAAUUCGUCGAUCUUCUUCGUGAUGAUCUCGAAAAAACCUCCAAAAAAUAAUAAAUUAUUUUUUAAAAAUUGUCUCUAUUCAGUCAUUCCUCCAAUUUUUUCUGUCUUGAUGAACUUGAGUGUCUUCUGGUUGUGGUAGGUACUCUUUAUCUCUCUCUUUCAAUACACCUCUUUCAAAUUUGCUUUAUUCCAACAAACUUUGUUCCCUUUUUUUAUUUAUUGCUCCCUCCUUUUUUUUUGCAAUUCAGUUUUGUCUUCUUUAGUCAACUUCUCAAGUUAUUUUCUUUUUGUCUCAUUCAUUUCAUAAUAAUUAUUUGAUUUCGUAUUAAUACGUAUUGAAUACAAUAAUUUUGGUUUUUAAAAAAC